GACUUCAAGACCGAGAUGGUGUGCAGCAUAGAAAAAGGCAUCAUCAAGCGACAACUGCCCUUCUCACGUGUCAAGAGUUGUGAUGAUGGAAUAGGCUCCAGGUUCUCCAUAUCAUUCAGAGAACAUCAUGAUUACGAGUUAGAGACCACCUCCCUAGAGGACAAACACAAGAUCAUGAAGCUUGUGAAUCAGAUCAUCUAUAGGAACAUAUACAGUCAUCCUGCAGAGGGCGGUGCAGAAUCACAUCAGCAGCCUCAAGCAUCACCAAGUCUUCAGGAGGGUGUCUUGUUUUUGCAUAGAGGGGGCUUGGCAUCAUUCAAAUGGGUGAAAUACGAGGUCAAGCUUCACCCGGGUCAGCUGGUUCUUGUACCCCUUGGUCAGCGAGGGCCAUCUGAAGGUGAGGUGACAUCCGCAGUGACCAUGUCCAUCGUCAUUCACCUGUCAGAUGGGGACACCAGCGUACAGGAACCUCACAGUCCAGACAGCUUCACUCUGGUCACCCACAAGAAUGAGUACCAAUUCCGCAUCCCUGUAACUGAUCAGGGAAAGGAGUUGGAAGCCAUCCAGAAAGAGCGAGAUGCUUGGGUCCAAGCCAUUGACAAACUGUGUUCAGAUUGGAAGAGGAAGUCCCUACUGGAGCACAUUUACGAAAACCCAAAUGCUCUACAUGACAGCGCUGAAGACACAGAGAACAUAGUGUUAAUACAACGACAAGUUGACACAAGUGUCAAGGCUAGUGAUGGAUGCAGUUUACCUGGUGGAGAUGUGAAUCAAAACAAUCCUCCAGCUGCUGAUGCAACUGCACCUGUGUGGUCCAUUGUGGGUGAUCAUUUGAAACACGACAUGAAUCAGAGUUAUCCUGCAGCUGACUAUGCAAAGCCUGUGGCUAAACAGCGCAACUUCACAAAGUCCCCCUCAACAACCACCCCUGUUCUUGCCUUCUCCACACCCACCUCCCCUGCACCCUCACCUUGCCACUCUGCCCUUCCACCCUCUUGUCCUAUCCCUUCAUCCACAUUCCCACAUGUGCCCUCACCCGUUCAGGUGGGGCCUCCACCCCCCAAGGCCCCACCCCCUCCACCGUUACCCUUCAAAAACAAGUUAAAACCUGAAAUGGCACGAACCAAGGCUUUUCACUGGGACCUAGUUGCCUCUGAUAAGAUUCAGAAAUCCUUUUGGACACAAGCAAGAGCUGGGAGGAUAGAAAUUGACACAUCACGUUUGUAUGAGCAAUUUGCUGUUCAAGAUUUGGGAUCUUUUGGAGUGACCGAGUCAAGUAAUUCUGCCCAUAUUAUGCUCAACCAGAAAAUUGCGCACAACUUCAAUAUUUUUCUCAAAAGUUUUCCAGUGCAACCGGGAGAGCUGAAGGACAAACUGUUCAUCAUCAACGAGGAUGGCGGAGGCCUAUCUGAAGAACAGAUCACCUCCCUGAGGCGGUAUAUUCCAACCUUAGAUGAUGUGGAAAUGUAUAAAUCUUACAAGGGACCCGUGACAGAGCUGCAUAUUGUGGACCAUUACAUGCUGGAGAUGUGCAGCAUCCCAUACCUGAGCACACGACUUGAUCUGCUACUGACUCUAAGAGAACUCCCAACCAGCAUGAACGACCUGCUGCCGCUGAUUAACCAGAAGAUCAGGAUGUGUGUACAGCUGUACAGCUCUGGGUCACUUGUUUCCGUGCUGGAGUACCUCCUCGCUGUUGGCAAUUACCUCAACGAGAACGCCGGAAAGGGAAAGGCCAAAGGCUUCCGUCUCUCCUCCUUGACUAAACUCGCCCAGCUUCGUGGGAAAGACAGGAAGUUCACAUUGCUUCAUGCCCUUGUAGAGCAGAUCAUGUUGCAUGAACCUGGCUUGGCCGCAGUUAUUCAGGAGUUGGCAGAAUUCGAAACUGUCCCGGGAGCUUCCGUCAAAGGACUGACUGCAGAAGUAGAUGUCCUAAAGAAUGAACUGCAGAAAGUUAUACAGUAUAGGAAAACUUACAAGAAGAGAAAUACUGGGGAUCAGCAUCUAAAUUUCUCCAAAGACCUGAAGAUCGCAAUUGAGAAGUACAAUACAGAGUUCUCUGCGCUGACAAAGAAGUGUGAUGAGAUGAAGAAACUCUACUGUGACAUAUUGGUUAAAUUUGGAGAACCCACGGAUCAAGACUCUCAAGAGCUGUUCGGUACGGUCUGCCAGUUUAUCCAAGACUUCAAGAGGGCCCGUGCUGAAAUGACUUGUGUCAUUUCUCAUCUGUAAACCUUAAGACAAUGAUGUUUUGGAAUGAACUGAGCAAAUCUAACAGAUUAUAAUUAGAUUUUAAUGAGGCUGCAGCAGACAGUUUACACAAUAAUUGUGUGCCUCUAUGUAUGUUGUGUUGAUACUUGGGGUAUCUUAAAGGAGGUGAAUGUCAGCCCACUAAAACACAUCUACAUUUGAUUUGCUCACGUCAGAGGCUGAUUUGAUAUUGUCUGGCUCAAUAUUUAUUGGGAUUUGUUUCAACACAAAUCCAUAACCAGAGACCAAAAUAUUUCAAAUUGUUAAGCUUCGUGAAACACUUUGACGCUGCAGCAUGGUGCUAUUAGCUAUUUGCCGUCCAGGGGACAAAUUAUCCAAGCGCACUAUAGGCCGUCUGAAGCUGGACGAUCUGUGAUGUAGCGUCACGCACUCCACACAAAAUGCAACCACCAUUACACAUGCAUGCUUUCCUCUCUCAGAAGGUUUUGUAGAUACUUGUAGCAAUGCUUAAGAUUUUUCAUCGUGGAUACAGAUCGAUGUCAUGCCCUCCGUUUGUAUCAUGAAUUAUACUUUAUCCAUUGCUUCAGUUGAUUCCUUUGAUUUCCAAACAGGUGGCCACGUUGAAAUGACAGCACUGUGUUGUACAGUGCUUAUCAAUUCGAGGCUUAAUUAUCUUUGUAAACAAUGGUGUGAGGAAAUAUAAAUGCCAUCCCGUUUCCUCACAGUUUGUUUAAAAUGUCGAGUUUUGAUCUACUCUUGCUUUUACCCUGGAAAAGAAGUCAUUGAUGGACAUUUGACUCACUGCUUCACCUUGCCAACCUAAUUUUCUCUGCAGGUUAAAUUUAAGGUUAAAUCCCCCCAUGUAAUUGUCUCAAUGAUUCCUCCCUCUCCACCUCAAGCUGAUGUGUGGUGAGCCAGAGCACAAAAUGGCUGCUGUGUAUCACCCACUUGGGUGCUGUGCAUUGGUGGUGGUUGAAGUGAGUUACGCCCUUCAAAUGUGAAGCGCUUUGGGUGUCUUGAAAAGUGCUAUCUAAAUGUAAUGAUUUUGUUUUCCUCUUAAUUUUUCAGUCAAAUUAACACUGCAUUUUAAAAGUAAAAUUUGCAAUUCUGACUCUGUGUCAAUAAAUUUCGAUCCAAUACAUGUCUCCAUGUACCUAAUAAAUGUUAUGCUUUAAGAUUCAUUUAAUGCAUCAUGGCCCUUAUAUUUCA